GACCAACUGGGGACAUUUUGUUGGUCCCCACGAGGUCAAAUGCUACUUCUAGGAGGUUUAGGGUUAAGGUUAGAAUUAGUGUUAGGGUUAGAAUUACGUUAAGGGUUAGGAGCUAGGAUUAGUUUUAGGGUUAGUAGCAAGGGUUAUGUUUAGGAUUAGGGUUAAGAUUAGGUCUUUGGGUUAAGGUUAGGGUUAAGUUUAGGGUAAGAGUACUGGAGUUGCAAUUCAACGGCUCAGACACGAGAGGUAUGUGGCAGGGUCUACAGUCAAUCACGGACUACAAAAGAAAAACCAGCCCCGUCGCGGAUCACGAUGCCUUGCUCCCAGGCAGACUAAACAACUUUUUUGCUCGCUUUGAGGACAAUACAGUGCCACUGACACGGCCCGCUACCAAAACCUGCGGGCUCUCCUUCACUGCAGCCGAGGUGAGUAAAACAUUUAAACAUGUUAAUCCUCGCAAGGCUGCCGGCCCAGUCCUCAGAGCAUGCGCAGACCAGCUGGCUGGUGUGUUUACAGACAUAUUCAAUCAAUCCUUAUCCCAGUAUGCAGUCCCCACAUGCUUCAAGAGGGCCACCAUUGUUCCUGUUCCCAAGAAAGCUAAGGUCCACAGACGACGCUAUCGCCAUCACACUGCACACUGCCCUAACCCAUCCGGACAAGAGGAAUACCUAUGUAAGAAUGCUGUUCAUCGACUACAGCUCAGCAUGUAACACCAUAGUACCCUCCAAACUCGUCAUCAAGCUCGAGACCCUGGGUCUCGACCCCACUCUGUGCAACUGGGUCCUAGACUUCCUGACGGGCUGCCCCCAGGUGGUGAGGGUAGGUAACAACAUCUCCACCCUGCUGAUCCUCAACACUGGGUCCCCACAAGGGUGCGUUCUCAGCCCUCUCCUGUACUCCCAGUUCACCCAUGACUGCAUGGCCAUGCACGCCUCCAACUCAAUCAUCAAGUUGGCAGACGACACUACAGUGGUAAGCUUGAUUACCAACAACGACGAGACGGCCUACAGGGAGGAGGAGGUGAGGGCCCUUGGGGUGUGGUGUCAGGAAAAUAACCUCUCACUCAAUGUCAACAAAACAAAGGAGAUGAUCGUGGACUUAAGUAAACAGCAGAGGGAGCAGCCCCCUAUCUACAUCGACGGGACAGUAGUGGAGAGGGUGGAGAGUUUUAAGUUCCUCGGCGUACACAUCACGGACAAACUGAAAUGGUCCACCCACACAGACAGCGUGGUGAAGAAGGCGCAGCAGCGCCUCUUCAACUUCAGGAGGCUGAAGAAAUUCGUCUUGUCACCAAAAACACUCGCAAACUUUUACAGAUGCACAAUCGAGAGCAUCCUGUCGGGCUGUAUCACCGCCUGGUACGGCAGCUGCUCCACCCAUAACCGAAAUGCUCUCCAGAGGGUAGUGAGGUCUGCACAACGCAUCACCGGGUGCAAACUACCUGCCCUCCAGGACAUCUACACCACCCGAUGUCACAGGAAGGCCAAAAAGAUCAUCAAGCACAACAACCACCCGAGCCACUGCCUGUUCACCCCGCUAUCAUCCAGAAGGCGAGAGGGCAAGCCUCCCACAAAGGAGGAGGUAGGGGGUCCCACCAUAAACCGCAGACGAGGAGCCAUCAAACAGGCCAAGAUCCACGAGGUCAAAUGUCACGAGUUCAUCGCCACCUUCUUCAGACAGCCCACCUUCUGCUCCGUCUGCAGAGAGUUUGUCUGGGGGCUCAACAAGCAAGGGUACAAGUGCAGACAAUGCAAUGCAGCUAUUCACAAGAAAUGCAUCGACAAGAUCAUCGGCAGGUGUACGGGUACGGCAGCCAACAGCCGGGACACUGUGUUCCAGAAGGAGCGCUUUAAGAUAGACAUGCCACACCGCUUCAAGAACCACAACUACAUGAGUCCCACCUUCUGUGACCACUGUGGCAGUCUGUUGUGGGGCCUGGUCAGGCAGGGCCUCAAGUGUGAAGAUUGUGCCAUGAAUGUGCAUCAUAAGUGUCAGGAUAAAGUGGCCAACCUUUGUGGAAUCAACCAGAAACUACUGGCUGAAGCACUUACACAAGUCAGCCAGAAAUCCUCCACUCGGCGCUUGGACCCAACUCUAGCUGACCCAGAUAUAGGAGUCUAUCAGGAAGUCAAUAGGAAUUCCACUAGUGGUCUGGAUGUCAAUGACGGCCACCCUUAUGGCAGGCUGUGGAAGGGCUCCAGCCCGCAUCCCCCAUCUCGCCUCACCCACCUGACACUCAUCAACGUAGACAACUUUGUCUUUCACAAGGUCCUAGGCAAGGGCAGCUUUGGCAAGGUCCUGCUGGCAGAGUUGAAAGGUCAGGGGGAGUGGUUUGCGGUGAAGGCUCUGAAGAAAGACGUGGUUCUGAUGGAUGAUGAUGUGGAGUGUACCAUGGUGGAGAAGAGAGUCCUGGCCCUGGCCUGGGACAACCCCUUCCUCACACACCUCUACUCCACCUUCCAGUCCAAGGAACACCUGUUCUUUGUCAUGGAAUAUCUGAAUGGAGGAGACCUGAUGUUCCAUAUUCAGGAGAAGGGACGCUUUGACCUCUACAGAGCAACGUUCUACUCUGCUGAGAUCAUCUGUGGCCUUCAGUUUCUGCACUCCAAAGGGAUCAUUUACAGAGACCUGAAGUUGGACAACGUGAUGUUAGAUCAUAGCGGACAUGUAAAGAUAGCAGACUUUGGCAUGUGUAAGGAGAACGUGUUUGGAGAGAGCCUAGCCACAACCUUCUGUGGGACUCCUGACUACAUCGCUCCAGAGAUACUGCUGGGUCAGAAGUACUCCUUCUCCGUGGACUGGUGGUCAUUCGGGGUGCUGCUGUACGAGAUGCUGAUUGGUCAGUCACCCUUCCAUGGUGAUGAUGAGGACGAGCUUUUUGAGUCUAUCCGCAUGGACACGCCACACUACCCUCGCUGGAUCACCAAGGAGGCCAAGGACCUGAUGGAGAAGCUGUUUGAGAGAGACUCGACUCGCAGGCUAGGCAUCGUUGAUAACAUUCGUGUCCACCCCUUCUUCAAGACCAUCAGCUGGCCCGCCCUGGAGAGGAGGGAGGUGGAACCCCCCUUCAGACCCAAAGUGAAAGCCCCCAACGACUGCAGCAACUUCGACCGAGAGUUCCUCAGUGAGAAACCCUGCCUUUCCCAUGGUGACAAGAACUUCAUGGAUUCCAUGGACCAAUCAGCUUUUGCCGGGUUCUCCUUCAUCAACCCAGAGAUGGAGCUUCUCCUGGAAAAGUGAGGGAGGGGCCUGUCAACCAAUCCCCAUGCUCUUAGUUCUCAGUGACAUUACUGGGGUCAUAGGGGAAGCCAGCGAUACAUUACUAAUGGGUCGUUCCAUGAAAUGGUUGCCUUUUGGACAUGCAAAGUUUGAAGAAAUUAAUUUACAAAUAUAUUUUCUUUCAGCAUUCAAUUGCAUUCAAUGUGAUCAAACCCUCAACUUGAGUGAGCUGUUCAAUGUUCAGUAUUUGUGACUGUAAUAGAAGCACAAGCAGUUUCCGACGGAUAAACACAUUUUUCCAUCUCAGACAUAAGAAUCCUAUGAACUAAGAGCAUUUUAUCUUCACUUGUACCACAUUGUCAACCCUGUUACCUAAGACACUUAUGUAACUGCCUAACUAUUAUUUAAAAGCAUGUUUGAGAUAAAUCCAACAUUUUCUCAUUGAUUAAGUAUUCCUUGAACAAAUAACUCACAUAUAAUAUCAAUCUGAUAAAGUUACCGUUGGGCCUCUAACAGGGUUGGCGAUAACAUUGUUAAGGUUUUAGGUGAAGAUCAUCCAUUACUCCUCAUGUGAUGAAGAGCAUGGGACCGACUACAUGGUGCUCAUGAAAUUAGGAACUAUAUUUAUGUUCCACACAUAAUGAAAGUUUAAUCAAAUAAAAAUAUUCCUAACAAUAAUUGAGCGAACGGGGUUAAUGUGUUGAGAUCGACCACCUCAGUCAAAGAUGAUAAAACAAUUAUAAAUAGACCUAAAAGAGAGAGAAGACUUCCUUCCCUUUCCACCAUGCUGUUCAGAAGACCCAAUUGAUGUCUACUGCUGUGAAUCAUUUAAAUUGGUGAGAAUGGUCCAUUAUUUAAAAGGGACAAUUUGUUUGCAUAAGGGUUGGCCUUAAAAAUGAGGGACAGAAGUGAAUGCAUCACUAAUCACAUGAAUAUAAAUAAUCAUCUUCAGAAAUGACUGUCAUAGCAGCACAAUAACUAGACCUUUACAAUGAUGGUGAAAUUUUGAGAUAUUUUGAGAUUAAGUGGGUUGAAAUGUUCCUAGAAGUGACACAGGGUUGAUGGAGGGACAUGUCAAAAUGCAGAAUUUUGGCCUUUAUUCAUGUAAAAAAUGUGAUUUAUUGAAUUCUCGAUGUGGUUUAAAUUAUAGUGCACUUCAUUUACAGGCUUUUAAAAUUCAAUAUUGGUGCAUCAUUUCUACUUAAAAUAUCAAAGGGACACAAAAGGCACCAAUUUCGUGAAACGAUCCUAGGGUCAGGGUCAGUUUGUCAAUGUGUCCUGAUUCAUGUGAUCAAACCCUCAACUUGAGUGAGUUGUUGUAUGUUAGUAUUUGUGACUGCAAUAGAAGCACAAGCAGUCUUUGGUACUUAGAGAAAUUAUAGGAUUUAAACUUAUACAGGAAUGGGCCUAUGUUGUACAGAUAUACUGUAGGUGUUACUGUUUUGUGUGCAUGCUAGGGUGUCCAGAUGUACACGGGCGGCCUUAUAUUUUAAUGUCCUGACUUGUAUUAGGGUUGGAAGGUGUAUGUGUGUGUAUGUGUGUGCGUGUUUGUGGCUGUGAAAGGAAAUGUUUAAAGACCUCAUACCAACACCAACCACCUCUCAAUCACAACAACCUCUAAAUGUGUCACAUAUUCUUGAAAGAUUGACUUAAUCUAAAUGUCCAGUUCGUCACUGCAUGGGGAGCCUUUGCCUCUAUUGUGUGGUCAUUUGGACUGUGUGCCAUGUAGUGUUAAGAAGACCAAGUUCAGACUGAGCAACUACAGGUAUUGUUGCCGUUACAUGUAGCCUCAUAUGGGACAGGGAAAGAUUUGGUGUAUGAUUAUUGUGCUUAUUGUGUAUGAUGCUACGUGAAUGUCUUUAUUUGAAUUGAACUUAUUGAGAUGCUGUAUAUAGAUCUAUAUAUCUAUAUGUAUAUUGUUGUAAAAUGUAUAUUAUUGGUGUGCUAAGGAUGUGCUUUUUUACUGUCUCCAUCUUUUACAUCUUAAUAAAAAAUCAUCAACUCCUA